AUGCCGGUUUUUGACCCGACAUGCCCCUUCUACGUCUCCAGGGAAGAGAAUUCAGUGGCAAAGUCUGGAAUCUUCCUCAGACACGACAACUCCGACAGAGCUCCGCGCAGCAUCGCUGUCGCCAAGGGGGCGGAGCCAAUUAUGGCCACGCCCACCACCCCUGUGGGCGACAAGAGAAAGAAAGCCUUUCGAGAACCAAUAUUGUUCUAG